AUGGAUAAAGAUAUGUAUGAAAGGGUCAGUCACAGACUGCGAUUGGGUUCUCAAACAUUAUCCGAUGCUGAAGAUAACGAAGAGAAUGAGAAAGAAUAUGCUACUCAUUUGACGGAGGAGCAGCAGCACAAAAUAUCAGAGUCUCUGCUAGACGCAGAACACGUCCAAUGGCAAGAAUUGAGAUUGAUUCAUCAAAAGAAAGGUCAAAAGGAGCGUCGUUUGAAAAGAAAUGAAAAACUUGGAGCAGCAGAAGCAGAGAGAUUACGACAGCAACGAUGCGCUAUAACUACUUUCAGCUGUCAGUCGAAAAGCAACAAGGCUAGAACAAAAAGAGAAGCUUUAAAAAUAAGAACGACAAAGCUUUCUGACUGUUGGCGCUGUGAUGCAGUAACGACGCCUUUGAAGAAGGAACACGAAUACAUAGAACAAAGACCAGAAGAAUAA